AAUUUCUUUCCACUUUCCAACAAAUGCAAUACCUGAUCAGUUAGUUGCCUUUCGUACUGGUUGCACUGAAGACGUGCUUUCCGCGAUAAUGGCUAGCAUUGUACGAAAAAUCGUUUCCACUGCUAAGUGCCCAAAAGCAGCAGCUCCCUACAACCAAGCAAUCGUCGCUGAUCGUACCGUGUACUGUUCGGGUGUUUUGGGCAUGGAGUUGGGUUCCCUAAAGUUGGUUGAUGGUGGCGCUGCAGCACAGACGGCCAAGGCACUUCAGCAUUUGUCCACUUUACUUCAGGAAUCCGGAUCUAGCAUUGAAAAAGUUGUUAAAACGACGGUGCUUCUAGCUGAUAUGAACGAUUAUGGGGCAGUGAAUGACGAGUAUAAACGAGUCUUCACCAGUAACUUCCCGGCACGUACAUGCUUUGCUGUAAACAAACUUCCUCUGGGGGCAGCAGUUGAAAUUGAAGCCAUCGCACUAGUUGGAGAUGUGCUCCAGGUGUCAACAUGACUGGAAGCCAAGAUGUAGCAGCAACUAUUGACAUUCUUUAUUCUCAUACGGGCGUUAUCAAAUUUAAUAUAUAAUCACAUUUAACACUUAUUGAAUUUUACGGAUGGAUGGGAGCAAGACGUACCAACGAUAAUCUUAGUAUGUAGUUUUUGCAAUUGUUAUUAUAUUUCAAUAAAUCAUUUUCAUUUCAACGGGA